ACGAGUCUCUUUCUUCUUUGCUUUAUUCAUUUGGCUUGAUCAUUCAUAAUAUCAUGCGAAUCCUGUCAUUGCUAACGGUUUUUAUCGUAUCUAUGGGCGGUAUGCUUACAGGCUACGACGUAGGAGUAAUAUCUGGUAUGUAUACGCCUCUUUCAUUUUCCAAUAAUCUGAGGCAAGUUUCAAAAACGUUAUUAACGCUAUUACCAAUGAUAUCGUCUGUGCUUGCUGACUUAAUUUAACGACAUUCGCUGUUGUCGUGCAUCAUCAUAAAACAAAA